AUGCCGCGAGUUCGCGUGCCCUCCACCGCCAGCGCUCCAGCGACCCAGCGCAUCGCCCCGAUGACCGCGCGGGCCGCUGCUGCGCCGCGGCAGAGCGCCGCCUCGCCGUUCGCAGCGGCCGUUGCGUCCGCCCUCCUCGCGGCUUCCGUCGCCCUGGCCCCUGGUUCGGCGAUCGCACAGAGCGCCGAGGCUCUGGCCCCGUCGCCACCCGAGGCCGCGACCCUCGAGGUCACGCGGCCGCCCACGAGGCCGUGGAACCCCGAAGAAGCGAUCGUGAACGCCGCAACGGACGUGCUGCGCUUCAUCAGCCCGGACGAGCGCGAUCCGGGGGGCGGCGCGCUCCCGGGCCAGCCGGUGCUGCCGCCCGUCGCGCCCGGCCGCGUCGACGAGGUCGCGGAGCGCAUCGCCACGGACUUCGUGCGCGGCCAGUACUUCGUCACCGGGCGCAUCGACGGGGCCAUCUACGACGACGACUGCCUCUUCGAGGACCCGACGGUGGAGUUCAACGGCCUGCAGCGAUGGCGCAGCAACCUCCGCCUGCUGGUGCCCUUCCUGGUGAACCCGCGCGUGGACCUGCUGUCCGGCCCGGCGCGGAUCACGCCGGAGGGCGCCGCUCCCGUGGAGCUCAGGGCCGAGUGGCGGCUGAUCACGGGCCUGAACCUGCCGUGGCACCCCCUGGUGGACGUCAGGGGCAACACCACGUACCAGCUGGCGGGGGACGGGGGCCGGGAGCGCGUCGUGCGGCACACGGAGGCGUGGGAGACCACGGGCCGGGAGGCGCUGCUGCAGAUCUUCAAGCCCGGGCCGCCCGAGGGCGGGCUGGCGGCGUGA